GGGACUGGAGGGGGGAACUGGGUAUCUCUCUGCUUCCCGAGCGCAGGGGGACCCCUCGCCGCGCCGCCCAGCCGCCAUUCCCCUGCCGCCGCGUUGCCCAAGCUAGGAUCGCCCCAUGAUCGCCCCAUGCGGAGGGUAAAGUCGCGCCGGGGACCUUGCGAGCCUGUGCUGAGAGCUCCUCCCCCUGCCUGCUACAGUCCCAGCAGCCCAGGGCAGAUUAUAGAAGACCCUGCCUACUUCUACUCAGACUUGCAACUCUAUUCUGGGAGGCAUGAGGCAUCUACUUUGACAGUGGAGGCAAGCGGAGGCCUACGGGGGAAGAGCGUAGAGGACCCUCUCCCCAACUUCCACUCGCCGCCGAACUUCCUGAGGACGCCAGAGGCGGCAAUGAGAGGCUCUGAGGAUAUAGCAGCUGGGACAGUGUUACAGCGGCUGAUCCAGGAGCAACUGCGCUAUGGCGCCCCAACUGAGAACAUGAACCUGCUUGCCAUUCAGCACCAGGCCACAGGGAGUGCAGGGCCAGCCCACGCCACCACCAACUUUUCUUCCACGGAAACCCUCACUCAAGAAGACCCACAAAUGGUCUACCAGUCGGCCCGCCAAGAACCGCAGGGUCAAGAGCACCAGGGAGACAACACGGUGAUGGAGAAGCAGGUCCGGUCCACACAGCCUCAACAGAACAACGAGGAGCUGCCCACUUAUGAGGAGGCUAAGGCCCAGUCACAGUUCUUCAGGGGACAGCAGCAGCAGCAGCAGCAGCAGCAACAGCAACAGCAGCAGCAACAGCAGCAGCAACAGCAGCAGCAGGGACAGGGACCCCUCGGCCACACUUACUACAUGGCCGGAGGUACCAGUCAGAAGUCCCGCACGGAGGGGAGGCCAACGGUGAACCGGGCCAGCAGCGGACAGGCACAUAAGGACGAGGCCCUGAAAGAACUGAAGCACGGCCACGUCCGAUCCCUCAGCGAGCGGAUCAUGCAGCUGUCACUGGAGAGGAAUGGGGCUAAGCAACACGUCCCCAGCUCGGGAAGUGGAAAGAGCUUCAAAGCUGGAGGAGGGCCAUCCCCAGCCCAGCCUGCCUGCAAAGCGCUGGACCCCCGUGGCCCUCCACCCGAAUACCCCUUCAAGACCAAGCCAAUGAUGUCCCCAGGCACCAAGAACCAAGAUCACGGACUUUACUACAGUGACCAGCACCCUGGGGUACUCCAUGAGAUGGUGAAACCUUACCCAGUACCUCAACCUGCACGAACAGAAGUGGCCGUCCUGAGGUAUCAGCCACCCCCAGAGUAUGGGGUCACCAGCCGCCCGUGCCAGCUGCCCUUUCCUUCCACGAUGCAGCAGCAUAGCCCCAUGUCCUCUCAGACUUCCUCCAUCAGUGGGCCUCUGCACUCCGUCUCCCUGCCUCUUCCGCUUCCCAUGAGCCUGGCAGCUCCGCAGCCUCCACCGGCCUCCCCCAGCCAGCAGCUUGGACCAGACGCCUUUGCGAUUGUGGAGCGAGCCCAACAAAUGGUGGAGAUCCUCACAGAGGAGAACCGUGUGCUUCACCAGGAGCUUCAGGGCUGCUAUGACAACGCCGACAAGCUCCACAAGUUUGAAAAAGAGCUGCAGAGGAUUUCGGAAGCCUACGAGAGCCUGGUCAAGUCCACCAGCAAGCGCGAGUCUCUGGACAAGGCAAUGCGAAACAAGCUAGAAGGCGAGAUCAGGAGACUUCAUGACUUCAACAGAGAUCUCCGAGAUCGGCUGGAGACCGCCAACAGGCAGCUAUCCAGCAGGGACUAUGAUGGGCACGAAGACAAAGCCGCGGAGAGCCAUUACGUGUCACAGAACAAAGAAUUCUUGAAGGAAAAGGAAAAGUUGGAAGUGGAGCUGGCAGCAGUGCGGACCGCGAGUGAGGACCGUCGGAGGCAUAUUGAGAUCCUGGACCAGGCUUUGAGCAAUGCCCAGGCCCGAGUCAUCAAGCUAGAGGAAGAGUUACGAGAGAAGCAAGCCUACGUGGAGAAGGUGGAGAAGCUGCAGCAGGCCCUGACCCAGCUGCAGUCUGCAUGUGAGAAGCGGGAGCAGAUGGAGCGCAGGCUGCGGACCUGGCUGGAGAGGGAGCUGGAUGCUCUGAGAACACAGCAGAAACAUGGAAACGGCCAGCCAGCCAGUCUCCCAGAAUACAAUGCUCCUGCCCUCAUGGAGCUUGUGCGCGAGAAGGAGGAGCGCAUCCUAGCUUUGGAGGCAGACAUGACUAAGUGGGAGCAGAAGUACCUAGAAGAAAGCACCAUCCGGCACUUUGCCAUGAACGCUGCUGCUGCGGCCGCCACGGCCGAGAGGGACGCCACCAUCAUCAACCACUCGAGGAACGGAAGCUACGGCGAGAGCUCGCUGGAGGCCCACAUCUGGCCAGAGGAUGAGGAGGUGGUGCAGGCCAACAGGAGGUGUCAGGACAUGGAGUACACUAUUAAAAACCUCCAUGCCAAAAUCAUAGAGAAGGAUGCCAUGAUAAAAGUCCUUCAGCAACGAUCCCGUAAGGAUGCCGGGAAGACGGACUCUUCCAGCCUGCGGCCCGCCCGCUCUGUCCCAUCCAUCGCUGCAGCCACGGGGACACAUUCCCGCCAGACGUCACUCACCAGCAGCCAGUUGGUGGAAGAGAAGAAGGAAGAGAAGUCCUGGAAGGGGAGUGUAGGAUUCCUGUUGGGGAAGGAGCACCAGGGACAGGCUUCCAUUCCUCUGCUGCCAACCACACCUACACCUGCCUCUGCGCUGUCCCCUCCGGCUUCCACCACAGCGGCUGGCAGCACCCACGCCAAGACGGGCAGCAAGGACAGCAGCACGCAGACCGACAAGAGCACGGAGCUCUUCUGGCCCAGCAUGGCUUCCCUCCCCAGCCGUGGCAGGUUGAGCACUGCCCCUUCCAACAGCCCCAUCCUGAAACACCCAGCUGCCAAAGGGACCACGGAGAAACUGGAGAACUCUCCUGGUCACGGGAAGUCUCCGGACCACAGAGGCCGAGUCGGCAGCUUGUUGCACAAGCCUGAGUUCCCGGAUGCAGACAUGAUGGAAGUACUCAUCUAACCAGCGUCCUGUGGCGUUUCCCACCAGCAUGCUGACAUACAAAAACAGAGAAACCUAGGCGACAGCAACUGCGAACGAACCCAGGACAGGUGUAAACACCUCAUGUUACCAAAACAGCCACUCACGUGACUGCAGAGGGAGCGAGAGGGGGUGCAUCAGGCCUGGAAGCGGAGUUGAGAAGAAGUAGGAAUGGAAUUUGCCAGUAUAGAGAAAUUGUGUGUCUUAGGGAGGCUUCCCGGCUGCCCCUUUCUUGGCUUAUAAACAGAUGAAGAAGAGCUGGGCCUUCCUUGGAAUCACCUUCCCUUUGCCUCUUAGUGGGUUUGCUUUAAGAAGAAUCUGCUAGAAAUCCUAAAAGUCUGUCUUGGCAUACGGUAGUGUUUUCUGUGCCAUUAUGGGUGUGUGUGUGUGUGUGUGUGUGUGUGUGUG